UCGGUCUUCACUGCACAGUGCUUCUUCUCUUCUGAAACCCCUCCUCUCCUUUGUUAUAAGAAUUAAUCCUCCUGCGACUCUUCCUCAUUAAAGACGACUUCUGCCUUUCUUAUUUGCUCCUCUAAUAUUUUUCUGAAUCAUGACCGAGCAGACCAAAGCGUACACAGCGGCCCCAUCGGCACCAUCAGGUCCCCACUACUCCCGGGACUUAUUCUGGUCUGCCCUCCGGAGCUGGUGGCAGUCCCCGAGCCCCAGUUCCCUCCUCCCCAACCAGGACUUUGGCCUGCCACUGUUCCUAGAGGCCGGAGACCUCCGUGAAUUUAGCUGGAUAGAUAACAACAUCCAUAGACACCUGGCGGCCAGCUCCUGGCCUGGGUACAUGCCCUCUCUCCCCCUCUUGGUGCCCUCCUUCCUGGUCCCGGCCUCCUCCAUGCACCAGCCAGACCCCAGGCUGAGCAGGGCAGAGUCUGCAGGGUUGCAAGGGCUGUCAGAGGUCCGGGAGGAGGGGUACAAGUGGAGGAUCACCCUGGACGUCAGUCACUUCUCCCCUGUAGAGAUCACUCUUAGGACCCGGGAAGGCUUCCUGGAAAUCGGAGGGAAACACGAGGAGAGACCAGACAAGCAUGGAUUUAUUGCUAGGUGCUUUACCAGGAGAUACACGCUCCCAAAAGGUAUUGAUCCUAAGAUCAUCCGCUCCUCUCUGUCUGGUGAUGGCAUCCUGUCUGUGGAAGCUUCACUUCCUGAUCCCACCAUCCCUGCUGACGUCAUCAUUCCCAUUCAGGUGGAGAAGGAGACCAUAAGAGAGGAGGGAGAGAAGGGUGAUGCCAAGCCAGAGAGGACUACCGAGCCAGACACAGAGACCCGGGACCCCCAGCUUUCUCCAUCUGCCCCUGCUGUGGCUCCUGUGUCCCUGGAGGCCGCUGACUUCACCCCCACAGAGCCUGGCACACUACCCCCAACAGAGGCAAUCGAGCGCUGGGAUGAGUUCGCACGGGAAGUCCCUGGAGAAGAGUCUCACCCAGAGGCUCAACCAGACAGCGGCGCGGCAGGACCCGAGAGGCAUGAGGAGGUGAGAGGAGAUGCAGAUGAGAGGGCCCCUACUGAGCCAGCUGGGGAGAUGGCGAGACAUCCCUCUGGGUCCGCAGAUGAUGAAGCUAGAGAAGAGGAAGGUCUUCCGACUUCCACAGAGCCCUUUGAGCACCUUAAGACUCCUGACAGCCCAGACACCCCAGACACAGUCACGUCUGAUCAGGGGGAAUACACAGACCAGGCUCAUGACCAUGGCGGAGAGCUCCAGCACCCGGAGGGCACAGGGGAGACGGCGGAAGAGCUCCCGCAGCCUGAGGAUCCUGCGCCAGGCAUGAGUCCACCAGAAGAGGUGGCCCACCACUCCCAGGAGCUGGAAACCCAAGAGCAGCCUCAUAUGGAGCAACAGGAGUACACCAAAUAAAAAGAGCCAUGGUCAUCAUUUCAUCAUCCCAUCAGGGAUUCCCUAUGAAUCAAAUCAUCCUUCCCAUCGCGCCUACAUUCUGCAGUCUUCCUCCUCAUGACUAGACUGGUUCCAGAUCUGCUGUUCUGCCCACUGCCGACAAUGACCAUAGGGAGUUUGCAAGACAGCACAAACAGAUCUGGGACCAGGCUACUUCAUCAUCAGCCAGCAGCAAAAGCUUGCCUAACUAAAUAUACCCUGAAUCUGUAUGUAUGUGAAGACCCACAUACAUACUCACACUGUAACCAUGCGAUGUUUGGCGCUCCAAUAAACCAAUGGCAAAAGAAAAAGUCAAAAGCUA